UGAACCGAACAUGAAUACUCCAAAGAAGCGUAACAGUGGAACAGAAGUACCGUCGUCUCUGUUGUCGGGGGAUGGUUUUUCUGCGUAUUGUGACAUUGAAGGUAUUUUGACAUUGGUGCGAAGUUUUUCACAAGAAAAAAAAAAUGUCCUUCAGUCAAUUGGAUUCGGAUGUUUACUGAGAUACAACUGCCUUACUCUUAGAAGUAGUAUGUGUAUUUGGAUGUUGGAAGCAUUUGACCUGUAUAAUUUGACUUUCAACAUUAACGGCGAGGUGAAAACCUUUACACCAUUACAUGUACAAUACAUAUUAGGUUUUAAUGAUGAGGGUGACACUAUUUGUGAAGAUGAAUGGAAAGACAUAACUCUUGAAGAUUUGACUUUGAAUUUUGAGAAAUUGGACAUCAAGACUAUGUCUUCAAUAGCUCAGAAACUUGAAGCCCACGAUGAUAAUUUUAAGAGGGCAUUUGUUUUACUACUUAUGACUUCCUUUUUUGCCCCAACAACGACAAAGAAGCCAAAAAGGUGGUGGGUUCAUCUUGUCAAGAAUGUCGACCUCAUUCCUCUGCUAAAUUGGGGGAAAUUUAUUUUUGACAACUUAGUUGAUGCAGCUAAGGCAUACAAAGAAAACAAAAUCGGUCCAUUUGGUGGAUGUAUAUUGUUCUUCAUGAUUAUGUUCUGUAAUUACUCAAUUCAAAGAGAUUUGGAUGACCUUUGGAAGUACAACCUUCCAAGAAUUGUCUUAUGGGAUGACAACAAAACAAGAACACUGCACAAGUACAUUGUCUACAAGAUAGGUGGAUAUCGCUGUGGAAAGGUAAAUCCAUACUUAUAUUACUUGCAUUAUUUCACUAAACUCCUAACUUUCAUGGUUUUUUGUGGAAUUAUAUAGUUGAUGGUUAAAUUAGAAGCACAAAAGCAAUUAGUGAAAGGUGACGAGAAACAAGUGGAUAGAGAAAACCUGGAUCAUUUUGCAAAUGUUGAGAUCAUGAUUGGCUCACUUAAGAAGGACUUGGGUGAUGUUAAAACACAAAUUGUCUCUUUGACUGCGCUGUAUAGGAAUGUUGACGCUAAUUUUAGCAAGAUCCUCAAAUCAGUUACUACAAUAGCAAAUCUUGUCAAGGAGGUCAAAAAUGAGUUGGUUGAAGGCUCUUCUAAAAGUGAAUCUGAAUCAGUUGAAGAAGUUAAUAGUAUGAAAAUGGAUGUGGAUGUGGAUGAAGAUGAGAGAGAAAUGAGGGAGAAAAUUGUGCUAGACACCACUGAAAUUGAUUUUGAACACAAAAUAGUUCAAGAAAAGUUAGACAAUGAUGGAGGGGAAGGACAAAAUACAGAAUUGAAAAAUAAUUUUAAACAACCACAUGAUGAGGAUGUUAACAACGCAUCAAUAGAGGAUGGUACUGAUAAAGCGUCCACAAAGGAUGGUACUCAUGAUUUUCUGGUGUUUGAGGAUCAUAAUUAUGGGAAUGAUGAACUUCAGGUUGACGCUGAAAUCGAGAACAAUCAAGAAUUGGCUUUUAACAACGGAGUACAUGUUAAUAAACCCUCGGAAACCAUGGAUCUUCAAUCUAAGUCAUUGAUAGCAGAUGUUGGAUCAAGCCGAAUAGAGGUUGACGCUGAAUUUGGAGACAAUCAAGAACGAGCGGUUAACAACAAAGAACAAGCUAAUAAACCCUCAGCCGCAAUGGAUCUUCAACAGUCUUCGGUGGCAGAUUUUGGAUCGAAUGCAAUAGAGGUUGACGCUGAAAUCGGGAACAAUCAAGAAUUGGCUUUUAACAACGGAGUACAUGUUAAUAAAUCCUCGGAAACCAUGGAUCUUCAAUCCAAGUCAUUGAUAGCAGAUGUUGGAUCAAGCCGAAUAGAGGUUGACGCUGAAUUUGGAGACAAUCAAGAACGAGCGGUUAACAACAAAGAACAAGCUAAUAAACCCUCAGCCACAAUGGUACAUUUAAUCUACUUUCCCAACAUUUUUCAGACUAACAUAUGUUGAAACAAAAUGCUUUAUUCUAUUCAGGAUCUUCAACAGUCUUUGGUGGCAGAUUUUGGA